AUGAUCGACCACCGAGAAGCACACAACAUGAGCGAGGAGUCAGCACUCGGCUACAUUUCUAUAAAAGACUUCGCAUAUGAAACAUCUAAUCCAUUACACUACGGAUAUUUUGAAGAAUUCUCAGAUGAUGAGGGGUCAGUUAAUAAUGAAGGGCAUGAAGAGAAAGAGGAACACAAUAAAAGACAAAGUAUAAUAUUGCCCAGCGAGUAUAUAGUAAAUCACAAGGCGGUAGCGAUAUAUGAUUUUGUGCCUGAAAACGAUAAUGAACUAGAGUUAAAAGAAGGAGAUGUCGUUUACAUUAGCUACAGACAUGGGCAAGGGUGGCUAGUGGCUGAAAAUCAGGAAAGGACAAGGACGGGACUAAUUCCUGAAGAAUAUGUUUCGUUUUUGGAGGAGGAUGAGGAUGCAGAGGAGGAUGAUAAGGCUAGGCCGUUCUAUUUAACACAAAUCAUCACCCAAAGUAUGCAAAAGCCAGUCGACGCCAUCUCUAAAAGUGAUGAAGAAUGGGAGGAUAUCGAUGACGUUGAAUCCGAUUUUGCUUCCAACCUAAAAAUUGCAAACUCGGACGUAGAGUAG